AUGCGCAUUUCGGUCGCCGCGUCGCACGUCGAGCCCAUCGACAUGCGGUUGCACGGCGGCUGGGGCUCGGUCGCCGCCCCUCCGCUCGCCUCGGACGCCGCCCAAGACGACGGCGAGACUCUCUGCUGCGCCGUCUCGGGGGCGGCUGCGGACGGCUCUGGCGAUGUCAUCGCCCUCGUCGACAGUGCCGAACCCUCACCGUCGGUCGAGGCGCGACGCGCGCUCUGCUUCUCCAAGCCGCGCUCGCUGAGCCACGUCGCCGCCGCCCAGCUCCCAAUCCUCGUCCUGACUGCCGCCGCCGCCCUUCACUCGGUGCUCAUUGCCGGCUCCACCGGCCGGCUGCCGAAGCUUCUCUCGUUUACCGAGCAGCUGGCCGGGACAGGCCUCUCUGCAGUGGUGGACGUGGUCGGGCGGGAGGAGGAGCCGGGCUGGGUGAGGGAGGCGCUCGGCUGCGCCUAUGUCUCGGCGGCGUCGCCCGCGCUGCUCUCGCUCAGCGAGGACGGCGCCCUCGCGGCGGCGCGUGGCUGGCAGAGGCGGUGGGGCAGGCGGCCGCACGAGGGGAGGCGCGUCUGGCGCGCGGACGACCGCGCGGCGGAGGCGCUGUCCGAGGCGAUGGCGCUGCUCGAGAGCGGGAAGCUGACGCCGCCCGCCGAGGCGAGCGCCGCCUCCGAGACGGGGAUGCAGUACCUCGAGUUCCUGCGCUGGCCGCGCGAUUCGGAGACCGGCCGCCGGUUCGGAUUCCCAGGCGAGAGAAUCUACUAG